UCAGUGGAAAGUAUUUAUAUGGUGCAAUAUUUAAAAAUCCCAUUAUAAGAAAAAAGAGAGGAGAAAAUACGGGUAUGGCGACGCGGGAGCGGCCAAAUAGACCAUGAAGCAAACCCGCGUUUCCAUAUUUACCCUCACAACUACCCCAAAUUACAAUUAUCGCAUUCAUUCACCUCAUCGCUUCAACCCGAUCUAAUUUCUACACCGCCGUCGAUGAUCGAUCACCGUUAGCUUCGUCAUCCAAGCUUUGCGCAGUUCCGGUGUCGUCGUUUCGUUUGUGGGAAGAAAACGACGGCGACGACGGUGAAACGCUGCGUUGCGUGAAACGAUAAGAGAAACCGAUGAGGUCCUCUUCUUCGGAUAGGAUCAGCAUCGCUGCCAGUGCUCAGAAACUCGAUGUCGAUAACCGAAUCGCGCUGCGAUUCUACUAUCGCAUCGCCGAUAACAUCCUCCGACAGGCUGAUAUCUUCCGCGCAGAGAAGAAUAUUAUUGACCUAUAUGUUAUGCUUUUAAGAUUUUCUAGUUUGGUGUCUGAGACAAUACCACGUCACCGAGAUUAUAGAUCAUCUCCACAAUGGCAGAAAGAAUCAUUAAAAAAGAAAUUGUUAAUUUCUUUGAAUGAACUGGAGAAAUUGAAACCAGUGGUCCAACAGAAGAUCAAUGAGCUUAACAACAAUAUCGCAUACCAACAAAAUGGGCGUGGAAAUUUUAGUUCAAAUAAUUCACUGGAUUUUUCUCCCAUGAAAAAGCAAACAUCAGCUAGUUAUGGCCAAAUAAAGGCAGCCAGACCUACUAGAACUGGGGAGCUUCUUUUCCAAGGAUCCAGGACCCAACAAUUCUCUUAUGUCAGGCCCGUGGAAGAGCAUGUACGAAGACUAUCUCUAACUCUUCCACCUCCAAAGGAGGAAACUCUCUCUAGACAUUCUAUCCUUGGUCCCAAUGGGUUAAAUGGGCAGUGGAGACCACCUUCCACUGAUAAAUGGAUCAGGUAUCCAAACAACAUUGAUCUGUCUCCUGUUGAAUUGCCAAGCCUACAAAAUCCUUCGGAACAUGAAUCUGUGAGUAAGAAAGAUGAUAGCAUUACGGAACACUAUAAGUCAGAUUUAGAUUCACUUGUUACCCAAAGUGAGGACUGCCAGCCCCAGCCUCAGCCUCAACUUCAUGAUCAGGAACCUCCUUCUCUUAUUUCGUUUGAAACAACCGAAACAACUCCUGCAAUAGAGGUUAUCAGGCAGCCUUCUCCUCCACCUGUACUUGCUGAGGUACUAGAUUUGGUCCCUGCAGCAUCACCUUGUGUUCAGGAAGCAGGAUGUAAGGCAGAGAUUUCAUCAACUGAUAGCUGUGUUCAUGCGGAGGCUCCUCUGCAACUGCACAUUUCAACUUCUUUGAUGGAGAGUUUUAUGAAGCUUGCCAAGUCAAAUACAAAAAAGAAUUUAGAGACUUGUGGAGUCCUUGCCGGUAUGCUUGUAAGUGCUGCUAAUUUUUUUCAUUUGUCUUAACAUAGAGCUACAUGCAAAGUUCGAUUCAAAAGGGUCUCGGAAUCCCAGAAUUGGAUUCUGGAUUAACUGGCCUAGGAAUAGUAUACGUACAAUUUAGAGUACGUAUGUGUGUAUAUUCAUAUAUAACUCAUUUCCCUAAUCCCUGCAACCAUAUGUGUGUGUGUCUAGUGUAUGCAUAUGUUUUUGUGUGAAUACAAUAACGCUUCGCUUUUUUACCUUUUCUGUUUGUUAUGGAUCAACCCGACACAUGCAUGGUAUUUAUGUGUACUCCUUUGAAAAAUUUUCCAAAGUGUAGUUGCGCUAUAAUGGCUUAGUCGCUCUAGCCUUCAAUAUUU